UUGGUUGAAUCAUCUCAGAGAAAACGUCUCGCGCAGACCGUUUUCCCGCUUUUACCCCUUCCAUUCUGCACGCGGAGACCAGAGUGAAAAACGCACGCGCAGGGAAAGCCGUUGACACCUUACAGCCCAACCGUCACUCCUAAAGAGGAUCAUAUCGGAGAUGUAAGCCCCUCCGGCUGCCAUUAUCUACACAGGCUAUUUGCAUGCUAAUGCGGCAUGAAAGAAUAUUGAUUUUGCUUUACAAAGCUUCAGUGCCAAAGGCCCUUCGUCCUGUGUGUGCUGCAAACUGCUGGAGCCGAGGUGAUGAGUGUGUGUGGGAGGAAGGCGCUCACGCUGCUGAGUAGCGUGUUUGCGGUGUGCAGUCUGGGCCUGUUGGGAAUCGCCGUCAGCACGGACUACUGGCUCUACCUGGAGGAGGGAAUCAUUACGCCUCUCAACCAGAGCACAGAGAUACGCAUGUCUCUCCACUCAGGCCUCUGGAGAGUCUGCUUCCUGGCAGGAAAAGAGAAGGGACGUUGCUUCACCAUCGAGUAUGUCAUGCCUAUGAACGUCCAGAUGACAUCAGAGUCUACAAUCAGUGUCCUAAAGAUGAUUCGCUCUGCUACGCCAUUCCCACUGGUCAGUCUUUUUUUCAUGUUCAUCGGCUUCAUCCUGAGCAACAUCGGCCAUAUCCGGCCCCACCGCACCAUCCUAGCAUUCGUCUCGGGAAUCUUCUUCAUUCUCUCAGGUCUUUCUCUAGUAGUUGGUCUGGUGUUGUAUAUCUCCAACAUCAGUGAUGAAAUGCUGAACAGAACUAAGACCAACGAAGCCUACUUCAGCUACAAGUACGGCUGGUCUUUCGCCUUCGCGGCUAUCUCCUUCCUGCUCACUGAGGCAGCAGGCGUGAUGUCUGUUUACCUGUUUAUGAAGAGAUACACAGCAGAGGAGCUCUACCGGCCUCAUUCAAAUUACUACGGCCCGCGUCUCAGUAACUGCUCCGAUUACUCGGCUCAGUUCCUUCACCCGGACGCCUGGACGCGAGGACGCAGUCCCUCAGACAUCUCAAGUGAAGCCUCGCUCCAGAUGAGCUCCAACUACCCCGCUCUGCUCAAGUGUCCCGAGCAUAUUUCUUCCUCCCCGUGCUGAGAGCUCUUUGUCUCUCUCUCUCUGUCUCACAUACACACAUGCACACACAGAAAAGUUUGACUUCAUACAGCUAAUUAAGAUUACUUUAUCUGUAUUUAAUGUGUCUCAUGUUUGAAUCCUACAGUACAGCUGCUAGUCAUGCUAGUACAGUACUUAGCAGAUAUACGUUAACUAAACCUUUGACGUUUCCUUUCAGUAUGUUUUAGAUUUUUUUUAAAUAGAUAUCAAACUGUUAGCUGUGUAACGUGUUCUCAGUUGUUUAAAUUAUGUAAAAGUGAAAAAAGUAGCAUGUGUACUGUAUGUCUGCCUUAAAGAAUCAUUACUUAAUGACAAUUUAUGUCUUGCUUGAACAAAAUCCUUAAACCUGACCUUACUGCUGUGGAAGCCAUCUUACAUUUUUUUUCUUUCUUCUUUCUCCCAGCUCUCAUUUUUUGGUUGCUAAGAAACAUGAGUGAGUGGAAAAAAAUGGUAGCUUACAUUACAUAACAUAACAUAACAUAGAAAGUGUGUGGUGCAUUAACAGGCUACAGACAAAUUUUGGCCUUUUAUAACAAAGCUGGUGAUGAAGCACAUUAUCAUGUUUGUAAUCUUAAAGUCACUUGGCCAAAGUUUGGAGUAUGAGGUCUGGUGUUCAGUCAUUAUAUCUCACAUAGAAGAGUCUGGGAUAUGUUUAUUUUCUUAUGAUAUGCUUAGUUUUUACUCAUCGCUACACAAAAAAUAUGUUAAGUUUCAACAUACAGUAGCUACUGUAAAUACCUAAUUUUGUUUGUUUUUAAUAUUGAAAUGGCUUAACACGGCUGUUUCAGGCUCAAGUAUAAACAGUCAAACCCUGUAUGUUGGUGGCCUGAUUUGGGAAACAUAAGAUAUAUUAUCUGAUUGGUAUAUUGAUAUAUUUAACCACCUAUGAGAAAGAGAAAGGAUUGUGGUGUGUUACCUAAAGAGCUACAGCACUUUGUUACCUUUUGCUUUGUAGAACCUAUUAUAAAGAUUUUAAGCUUGAAUUAAUCACUGUAAUUUUAUUUGUAAUAUAUCUAAAUAACAUUUAGCUAAACUGUUUAUUCGCACUUCACCUGUCUGAUAGAUAGGUAUAGCAGUGGCCGUGCAGAUUCUGUUACUCACUGUAUGGUUUUUUUUUUUUUUGCAGAAAAUCUUCAUUUACUUAAAAUAAUUAU